UAACGCGCGAAAACACAUGGUUACCAUCACUGAGCGAUCACUUGUUCGAUUCGAGCGGGAAUCACUCUUGACGCGUAGUAGAGUUUUCCAGCAUUAGCUUGAAAUGGGAAUAAACUGUCAUCAACUAGGAUUUUCAAACGAGAGGUAUUUUGCAACGGGGCAAGAUAAUCUGUGUUAAACUGAACCCGAAACCUAACACCGCCACUUAUUUGACUGCAGUAUUCUAACCGGAAGGGACAAGCAAGAGUAAUUAUUGUACUAAAGUGACUUGGCAGUUCCUUGUAGCAUGGAUCCUCAACGAAAAAGACUUCAGCACAAGGACACCUUGAACUGGAGGACUCCUCCAAGUAUUUCUCCGCCAAGUCCAUGCGGACCUUCCUCGCCUCAAUCGCCUCCACCACUGGUAGUAAGAGGCAAGAGUCUUUCGCUAAACAGGGUUGGCGCUCCCGCACUAUUACCAAUCCGCGAAACUCCGGCUAAGGAGUUAUCUAAAAGAGGCCGAAAACAAAGACUUUUGCUCUCCCAAGCAGGGAACCUCGCUUUGAAACGAAGAGAGACGUCUCCAGACUUUAAUAAACUUGAAGCUCGACUGAAACCGAAGCGAGGUCCUCUGCCAAUGAGAAUGAGAGCAUUACCUCAGUCAUUCUGGCAGGAACCAAAGAACAUCCAGAACAGCUCACUAAGCACAGAAGGAACACUAUCAUCAUUACCACCACUAUUUCAUAAUGCCAACAAUACAAGUUAUGAUGUUAGUAAAGUAAGACCAGUGACUCCUCCAGAGGAGAAGUAUUUGCCACGACCCCCAAAGGAACCAAAACUUGUAAUAACUUCUCCACAAGAGCAGCUGUUAAAAUUAUUUGAGACAGUAGAGGAGGAUAAGACUAAGAAAUUUGUGAUCAGAAGAGGAAGACCUAGAAGGGUACAAUCUGAUUUAACACCAUGCCAACUACCAAAAUUGGAAGAGGACCCAUGCAUGAUGACCAGCCUAGCAGAAAAGUUGUUUCCUCAGCUUUCCCUUGAAAACAACAAGCAAACACCAGGAGCCAACACAUCACUCUCUUGUGUGUCAGUCCAUGAUGGUGACAAGUCUGUGACACUACCUUCCUUAAAUGUUGAGCAGAAUUACUCUCAGAUGUUAUCUGAAAUUGUGGCUCACUUUUGAAAGUUGACAUGGAGAGUUAAGAGAGUGUUAAUCAAUUAAGAUCACAUUGAGGUCUGGAUUUAGAGCUCUUAGUUCAGCUCAGUAAGAAGUAAGGUACGCUAGACUCUAAUACAAAAGGUUGACUGAUAGUAGAUACCUGAAGGGUCUUUUUACAGGGAUUCUAAUAGUUGUAACAAUAGAGAGAGUUAAAGGUGUGGUUUCACUGAGGGAUAGAUUCUGGAAAAUUUGGUUAAAUAAGAAGUGAUGGAAUUUUUGCUGUAUACAAAGAUGCUAUUUCCAUCAACAAAAUCCCUAUGUUUGUGUACCCAAAAGUUUUCACGUAGGCAAAUCUCUUGUUGUAUACAGGAAAGUACUGGAGUUUCUGCAUCAAGUGAUGACAGGGACUGAACACAUGGUGUGCUUUGUAACCGUGUUGAAUAUAACAAUAAAUAGAUUAAUUAAUAAAAUAGUAUAUUAAAUAAUACUUAGAUAAACUGGGACAAACGGUGACCUAUUUCUUUUAUGCAUUAAUUCAUAAAUUGCUGAACAUCAGGAUUCAACUUAUUUAUUUUUCUGGGAAAAAGACAGUGGUAGACUGUCAAUACACAGCAGCCAAAACCAAUAAUUCCUGAACAGUUGAAAAAUGAUGUCCAACAAAAUCUAAGUGGCAGGGUGCUUAACCAAAUGUAUAGAAAAAAUUUAGUUUUGCAAAUCUUUAAGAGGUCCCAAUCUCUUAAAUAAAAAUAUUUGAUAAGAAAUUACCCUUUUGUUAGAAAAAAAAGAAUUUGUCUUAGCCAUAACGUAAAUAUUUCAAUCUAGUUGCAAAAAAUUCCAUCAUGUUCACUGGGAUUGCAAGACCGGUACAUUCUGAAUUUAUUAUUUUGUAACACAACACAUAUCAACAAUAUCCCACAUUGCGCCAUGAAAAUAAACAAUUCAAGUGUUUGAAUUUUUUUUUGUUCAUAUCCGGUGGAUAUAUUUAUAGAUAAGCAUCAAGGAUGUUCUCUGAAAAUUAUGAGUGUUCUUCACUUCAUUUUGAAUAAAACAAAUAGUUAUUAGAUGACUACAUUUAUUUUUUACUAAAAUUGAUGCUUCUCAUGCUCUUACAACUGGUUUAAUGAGAACCAUUAUGUUGCACAAGAUAAAAGAAGUUCUAGAACACUCCCAAACAAAUAAAAUUUCUUUAGGUGGAGUAAAUUCUCUUAAGGUUAAGGUACAGCAGAACCCAGCUAACUGUAACUCCAAAGGGAAACAAAAAAUGGGUCCACUUGGCUGGGGUUUGAGUUAACUGAUGAUAAAUGACUGAAAAAAAUCGGUUAGGGAAAUCUGAUCUUGUUCAGAUUACUGGGGGGUUUGAGUUAGCAGGGUUCCACUGUAACCUUAUCAUCAAUUUAUCACUUAUUUUUUAAUAGGUGACUUCUGUCUUGUCACAGCCUGAGUGAUAAUUUUUGUUCUGUAGAACUAUGUCAUUAGAUUUAUUUAAAUAAUUUCUGCUCAAAGGGUAAAUGAAACGAAGUUAGUUAACAAUGCAAAUAUUACUAACUACUCCCUGUGGUGUAACAUGAUAUAUUGGGGUGGGAUAGAAGAGUGGGGUGACCAUAGAACAAGCUGUAUAUAUAAAUAUAAGAAAUACCACCAAAUAUGUUUGUAAAUAAAGAAAACUUAUUCACUCAA